AUGGGCCCAGUCCGCUCUUUACGGCGUACAAACCCACUCACUCUGAUUGUGGGUGUGGCCUUAUGUAUCAUAAUAUUCGUAUUUCUCUUUUCCCCAUCCAACGCCGACGCAGCAGCUUCGCAAUUAAGAAGAGCCAGCGCCGCAUCCAAUCCCCUCUCACCACCUACCUCUCCCUUUCGCAAACAAAAUGAAGCUACAAAGAGCGGGAAACGCAUACCACCACCCGUGGUUCAUUACCACAUGAAUAAUGUUACCAGUACCGCUGAUCCUUUGGCGAACCGAGAGAUGAUUCUCAUCUUGACACCUUUGGCAAGAUUCUAUCAGGAGUAUUGGGAUAACUUAUUGAAGCUCUCGUAUCCGCAUGAACUUAUCACUCUCGCGUUUAUCAUCCCACGCAACAAGGAAGGAAAUGCCGCUACAGCAGCAUUGCAGGAACAGGUUACCAAGACUCAGAAGUCGGGCCCGGAAAAGAAUCGUUUCGCAAGCAUCAUUAUCGAACGACAAGAUUUCGAUGCUCCCAUCGCAUCCCAAUCCGAAACCGAGAGACACAAGAUGGAGAAUCAAAAGGCACGAAGAGCCGCUAUGUCUAGAGCUAGAAAUUCUCUCCUCUUCACGACUCUGGGACCCUCCGUGUCCUGGGUGCUAUGGUUAGAUUCGGAUAUUAUCGAGACUCCUCCCACCUUGAUUCAAGAUCUGGCUUCGCACGAUAAAGCCAUCAUUGUGCCAAACUGUUUCCAGAGAUACUACGAUACGAAAGAUAAACGCAUGUCGGAACGCGCCUACGAUUUCAACAGCUGGCAGGAUAGCGAUGUGGCACGAAAGCUUGCGGAAUCAAUGGGCCCGGAUGAUAUUUUAUUGGAAGGUUAUGCGGAUAUGGCGACAUAUCGAACAUUGAUGGCAUAUCUUGCCAGUGACACUGGCGAUUCCAAAGAUGUGAUUCCGCUCGACGGGGUAGGAGGAACGGCAUUGAUGGUCAAGGCAGAGGUCCAUCGUGAUGGGGCUAUGUUCCCUCCAUUUGCGUUCUAUCAUUUGAUUGAAACAGAGGGAUUUGCAAAGAUGGCAAAGAGAUUGGGUUGGGAGGCUUUUGGUUUGCCUAAUUAUAAGGUCUACCAUUACAACGAGUGA